AUGUUGAGCUAAUUUAAGUAUAAUCAAUUCAAGAAAACAUCUUAAUCCAGCACCCAAAACAUAAAGAAAAACCUCUGUUUUCCCUGAUAAGCAAAUUCCCAAAAUGCUAAGUCAGUCACCAUUCUCCAUUUUCUUUGCUAUUUUAUUUGCAAUAAUCAACUUGGCACUACUUGUUUCUGCAGUUGAUACUCAAACUCCUGGCGAACCGAUCCUGGAAUUAUACAUGCAUGAUAUUCUGGGAGGCAGUAAUCCAACAGCUAGACCGAUAACCGGAUUAUUAGGCAGUAUUUACAGUGGACAAGUCCCUUUUGCUAGGCCUCUUGGUUUCCAACCUCCCAAAGAUGGUGUGGCAAUUCCCAAUUCCAAUGGUGCAAUCCCAACUUUCAAUAUCAAUGGUGUUCCACUAGGAACUGGCUUAGCAGGCACAACAUUUGCUGGUAACCAGAAUAGCCAAACUACUGUGACUACUCAAUUAGGCCCUGAUGGCUUGGGCCUCGGCUUUGGUACCAUUACUGUUAUCGACGACUACUUGACUUCAUCCCCAGAGUUGGGCACACAAAACCUUGGAAAAGCUCAAGGUAUCUAUGUUUCAAGCUCUGCUGAUGGAAGUACUCAAAUGAUGGCGUUUUCGGCCAUGUUUGAAGGAGGAGAAUAUGGUGAUAGUCUCAAUUUCUUUGGAGUUUAUAGAAUUGCAAGUCCCAUGUCUCGAAUUUCAAUUACAGGAGGAACUGGUAAGUUUAAAAAUGCUUGUGGAUUUGCAGAGAUUCGUUCCCUAAUACCAGCUGGUCAACAUGUUACAGAUGGUGCAGAGACACUGUUAAGGAUUACUGUUCAUCUAACUUAUUGAUAUUUCUUUUGUUUAAUCUUUAAACAAGAGAUUUUGGUUUGUUUUGUGUGAAAAAAUUGUAAUCAGUUUGAUUUUGUGUUUUGUUUCUGUCUCACUCUGGCAUUGAAUUGUAAACAUCUAUAUAUCCUUUGUAUUCAGUAACAAUUUAUCUCAAUCCUAUGUACUUGGGUUUUUUUUUUUUCUUGA